UUGAUCAUGUUUUAGUCCACUUUUUGAUGUAUUGUAAUUAAUUUAUUAUGUUUAAUUUUAAAUUAUUGGUUUUAAUGUGCUUAUGUUACCCAACUACCUGUAAUAGGUAUUGCGAUAUAUGUCCGAAUCACACGCUUUGCAAAUAUCCCAUUUCAGGGCCAAGUGAAAAUUGUGUUGGAUAUAAGAAUGUGAUUCUUAAGGAAGCUGAUAUAAAGGAUAUAGUUAAUCGCAUUAAUGAGAAGAGAAAUUUUAUUGCUAUGGGACAUUCUAAAUAUCUACCACAGGCAGCUAAUAUGAAGGAACUUGUAUGGUCGGAUGAACUGGCGAAGAUUGCACAACGUUGGGUAGACCGAUGUGAUGCAGGAAUCAAACGAGACCGACCAGAUGAUUGCAGAGAUCUAGCGACUGCAAGAGUAGGACAAAACAUAGCGACGGUAACCGGUGUUACGAGUGAUGUGAACCUUCGGAAUUUUAUCGACAUUUGGUUCAUGCAGUCGAUGGAUUAUAGUGGAAAUGUCGCUUACUACAAUAUCUCUCAAGACGCAAAAAGUCAUUACUUCACGCAGUUAAUUUGGGCGACAACACUUAGAGUCGGGUGUGGCAGAGCACGUUUCUUUGUACAAGCGACAAAACCAAUAUUGGUCGACCGAUUGGUGUGUAACUUCUCCCCCAGAGGCAAUACACAUGGAAAGCCUAUUUACACUAUAGGAUAUCCAACGACGCAAUGUGGAUUUAAGUCAAAAAGCUUGUAUCCAGGACUAUGUUUUGAUAAACCGGAAGUUCCUGAACAAAGCUUGCUAAGGAUCCUUAAUUUGUACAAUGAUACUGCAAAGAAUAUAAUGCAAAUAAAUGCAAGUGUUGGUAAUGAAAGCAUCCGACACGACUUAACCAGACUAAAUCUUGAGCAUCAGAAACUCAAUAACGCUAAUGUUAUGAAAAGAGACAAUAAUGUCUAUUGGAAAACUAAUCACAACAAUAUGUCCAGAAAUUAUAAUAACUUUAAACAAAACAAAGGACAUUCAAGAAUUUACCAUAGCCACGACCACAAACACGAAAUGGACUAUUUACAUCCGGAUCACGAUCCUCAAAUUAACCAAGACUUUAGAAAGUAUGAUAGCAGUAAGGAUGCAACUCCUUAUGAAAAUUUGUUAAGAAUAAAUAAACAUCGCCAAUGUACACGGAAACCUGAUGCACCAUGCGAUAAUGCAAUUUGCAAUCCAACAAAAUCUCUAAGACAAUGUACAAGGUCUGUCACGAGCGUUGAACAACCUUGUGAAACAAAUUCUAAUUCAAACAUGUGUCCUCAUCAAUUUUGUUCUUGUACAACGACAUGUUCAACAAAUCCAUCAGUUCAAAGUAAUUGCCCUCAAGAAAUUAAUAAAAAUAAUUGUCCUACAUCGAAUUUUAACUGUGCUUGUCAACAAUCAAUUUGCAAUCCCUUUCUGCGUAGAAGCUUUGAAUCAAGGACACAAAACACUAAUGUCUAUGAUGAUGAUCCGGAUUCAUAUUUAGAAUUUCAUAAGAGAAACAUUGACAGACAACCUAGUGAAGCAUUAAAAGUAAAUUUAAAUUCUUGGAAAAAUGACGCAUCAAAAUUUACGAUGAGAAACUUCAAUGGUCACAGCUACAGAAAAAGAAGAGACGACGAACUGAAUUCAAGAUUCAAACCAUUUUGGCAAAUAGAUGAUUAUAAUAUGAGGCCAGAACAUCAAUUAAAAUCAAUAAGGUAUACGACAAUAUCAAAUAAAAGGACUCAAAAUAGAAAAUACUUGAAGUCUACAAGAGUACCAACUACAGAGUACAUUACAAUAAGAAAAAAUAAUGUAAAGCAUUUUACAGAAAAAUAUUUAUCUUUUGAUGAGCUAUUGCGUUUGCGAAAAGUCUCAGCUGACAUUUACGGUGCUCGUCGUGCUGGAGAAAACACGACAGCAACUACAGCUAGUGCCGAUACAAAGGCCCAAGAAAACACUACGGAAUAUACAGCAAACACACCAUUCAAGCGGCUAAAGCAUUGUUCUCGAAAAUUGACUUGUACUUGGACAGCAGCCUCAUUGACAAAUGAUCCCAAUAAAAAUAGAGGUUCCCGUACGCCACCUGGUUAUGUUGAAGGCUGCACGCGUACGUCUACUUGCACUCGUGAUGACAUGAACAGAAACAAAAUGGCGUCAACAACAGAUCCAAGCAUUGAAGUAGAAAGUGAUUCAGGUGGCGACGAUGAUGAUUAUUGCGAAAAACGAGCCUUGGAUAUACAACGAAGAAAUGCAAAUAUUGAUAUUCAUGAUAAAACUAGUUUAUCCCUACGUGAUCAAGAACACUCGAGUUCUAUUAUAAAGCCUCUCGAUGCAAUUAACGGUAAUGAUAAAUACGCUUGCGAAUGUGAUGAUUCUAUAAGAAAAAAAAGAGAAUUAAAUGAAGAUGAUGAACUCGUCACUAAGAAAUGUCAUAAGAAACGCUCAAAACUGUCAUAUGGUGAGUUAUUCUAUUUGGUCGUUAAAAAAAUUUUAAGUAAUUGGAAGAAUAGUGAUCAAAAUAUGUCGAAAAGAAAUUGUUUGUGUAAUUCAUCUGUUGGAGGAAUAGUUUCUAAUGAGCUUGUAUUAACAAUGUCUGUAACUUUAAAUUUUGUAUUUAUUAGCUUAAAGAUAUAAUUUCAAAAUAUGUACAUCUACUUAUUUAAUUGAGCUUUUUUAUUGAUUAGACAUAUAGUGAUAUUAAAAACAGAUUAAUAUUAUCCUUAAAUCUUUAGAAUCAGAGGUACACCAAAGCCUUACAAUACAUGAGACCUUCACGACCUUCAUAAUGUAAACUUUUAUAUUUUUUAAUGAGCUAUGUUGUUAUAAUAUAAUUAUUUAUAAGAAAAUAAGAAUCGGUCAAGUGUGAGUCGGAUGCAAACGAGGCUUCUAUACCGACAAGAUAUAACACUAUGUUAUUUUAAAUAUUUCUGUAAUAAUUGAAUAUUUAACAUAAAACUGAAACUUUA